ACAAUACACACAAUAAAGUCGCCAUAUUGAAAAAGACCUAAGUCGGAUGUCUCGAGAAGGCAUGAAGAAUUCUGCAGUUUCAGGUUAAAAAGAACCCAAAAGAUGGCUCCUGAAAUGCAAUGUUUCUGCUGUCGAAAGAUGAAUGAACGAUUUUCCAGAAGCAGGUAAAUUUGCCUCCGUCAGGGAUGAUUCAAACCUGCGAUUUAUAGUGAGGACUGGACGGUUUGCUGUUCUGAAAGUCUGGCGGGCCAGCGAGCUCGGGCCAGGGCAGUAUGGCAACGCCCGGGUGGACAGGUCGAAAUGUCUCGCUAACAUUCAGGCCAGACGGUGCAAGGGCUGACCAUAGAUGGUCAUGGAGAUACAGAAAUUACACUUUACAAGUGAUGUGGAUAUUUUGCCUGCUGUCUGCUGCUUCUUCCGCCCCAACGAAACCAAGCGCAACGACCGGUGAGCAUGGUGAGCGUGUGCCUACUUUGUCUGUGACUCCUGAAAGUCCAACAACCUCUGCAGUUACAGAGUCUACUCGCCAACGCACACUGACAGUGAAAUCGUCAUCAGAAAAACCAAGGCAACCUGGGAAUGUUCAAGUGUCAUCCAAGAUAACGGGACAACCUAUGGCACUCCCGUUGAUCCUGCGCAGCCCAGAGAACAAGACGGUUGCUGUGGGUGAACGUGUGACUUUCCGCUGUCAGCCUGUGGGCCAGAGGUUACAGGUCACAUGGAUGAAAGAUGGACAUGACAUCCCUAAGAACAGUUCACAUUACAUAAUCAAGAGCAACUUCAACCUGCGGAUCCCUAUUAUCGGGGCUUCUGAUGGCGGCAUUUAUCGGUGUCGAGUGGAAAAUGCUGGUGGGGCAGUGUACUCUGCACAUGCCUUUCUCAACGUUCAAGUUCCGGCACGGAUUCUUGUUGAGGAGCAGAACUUCAAUGUGUCCUUUGGCACUGUGGUCAAUCUAACAUGUCCAGUCAUGGGAAACCCUAAGCCUACCAUUAUUUGGCGUCUCCACAGGGAUACUAUUAGAAAUGACAAAACAAAUCCUGUAACACCCUGGGACAAAGAGUACCUGACCAUCAAUGCAACCAGAUCAGAUAACUACACUUGUGUAGUGAAAAACACGGUUGUGUCUCAGGAUGGCGAGGAGAGGAAGUAUAUAGCCUCACUUCAGAAUAACGUCAAAGUCUACGGUAUCCCAAAUUACUGUUCGAGAUAUGGAGGUAACAUCUGCAGGAAGUACUUGUCAGGUCGCAGCGUGUUUGUGGAUGCCGACCUGUACAACCCACUGAGUCGGAUGGAGCCACUCUUGAAGAGACUGACAGAUCAGGUGGACAGCGUCGUCGAGAACAGCAUCUGUAAGGAUGCAUUCAAGUCGUUGAUCUGCCACAGCAUGCUGCCUGACUGUGAAAAGUCCCGUCCACAGCCCAAACCGCUAUGCAGGGAGGACUGUCUCGCAGUACGCAAGGAUAUCUGCUUGAGUGACUGGAUGGCACUAGACUGGCAUAACGAUGGCAAGCUUCGGCACAGACUAGGGCCUCUGCUUGAAUCGUCACAGUGUGAGGAUGUGCCAAGCAAAGAUGCUGGCCCAGGCACCUGCAGUGAUCCAAACCUGUUUGAAAUCCGAGAGGACAUGAAGACACGGGAUUGCGUUGACUACAGUAACAAUGGUAUUUACUACCAGGGCAGUGUCAAUGUUACCGAGAUGGGGUUACCAUGCCAACCAUGGACUUCCAGUUACCCACAGAGCAGACGUAUGUUUGUGUCGGUGUACCCUCAGCUGGUGAACAGCAGUAACUACUGCAGGAAUCCAGGUGGUCUGUACAGGGAACCGGGCUGCUUUCCUGUGGGCAGAAACUCAGAGUGGCAACGGUGCAGAAUACCCAGCUGUGACGCAGAGGUGACAGUAAGUACUAUGCUACCACCAGUGCCAUCUUUAACCACCCGUCAGGAGGAGAAGGUCUUAGUCACUGACACACCCUAUGUACAUCCUGUACCAAAGGAGCCCAACAGUAAGAGGGACAUCUAUCUGAUAUGUGGCGGUGCCGCUGUGGGUGUGUGCUUCAUCUGCAUUGUGGUCAUCGCUGUCGUGUGUUGUCGUUCCAAGCUCAACCGCUACUCCCGCUACAAAUAUCCAGGCGAUUUGGACAUCAGCAAGUUGCCCGAGAACCCCAUGUAUGGGAAAGACUUCAACAAGAGCUUCAACCCUCACUUGAGGCACUUGGAGUACCCUCGCAACAGCAUUAUUUAUAUUGUAGAUAUUGGUGAGGGGGCGUUUGGACGCGUUUUUAAGGCGAUUGCCCCAAAGUUGCACCCGGGGGAAGUUUCUACCACUGUCGCGGUGAAAAUGCUGAAAGCGAACGCAGAUAGAGACGUUCAGGAGUACUUCAACCGCGAGGCAGAAAUCAUUGCCAGAUUUGAUAACCCUAAUGUGAUCAAGCUAUUAGGGGUGUGCUUUGUUGGGAAGCCACUAUGCCUGCUGCUGGAAUACAUGGGACAAGGGGACCUCCAGGAAUUCCUGCAUUACCAUGACCCUAACAAAUCUCCACAGGGCAGGCCGGGGAGUGUUUCACGGUUAACCAGUCGCACCCAACUCAACUUAGCGUACCAGGUUGCCUGUGGCAUGGUCUACCUGACUGAGAAGCGCUUUGUGCACAGGGACAUUGCCACCAGAAACUGCCUGGUAGGGAACAACAAUGAGGUCAAGAUCUCGGACUUUGGUCUGGCCCGCUACUUGGGCUCCAGUGACCACUACCUGGGCCAUAAGGACGAGACCAUACCCAUUCGCUGGACUGCACCCGAGGCCCUUUGGCAUUACAAGUUUACCACGUACUCGGAUGUCUGGUCCUUUGGCGUGCUGCUGUGGGAGAUCUUCAGCUUUGCCCGGCAGCCCUAUGAGAACAUGACCCAUGAGGAGGUGUUCCUGCAGACCUACAAAGGGCACGUGUUAGAGCCCCCUAAGAACACUCCACACUGCAUUUAUGAGGUGAUCCAGAUGUGCUGUAGUCAAGACCUGAAUGCCAGGCCAUCUUUCCACACUCUGCGUGACACGCUAAACUCCAUGCAGGAUAGUGAGUCUGGUUGCUGAUAUUCUGGUGCAAGGCCAGACAGAUUCUGUCAAACGUUAAGCAUCCCUUCCCCCAUUACGUUGUUUACUUGACUUGUGACUGAAAAAAAGUCUGAAUCUAUUUCAGUGAGCCUUGAAAUUGAUCAGCGUUGGCUUGAUCUGCAAAAAGGAUUCAUUUGUUUGUCGCCAAGUCAUGAGAAAAUGUAUUCUGAAUAGUGUGUGUAUUCCACCUCCGAGCAAAUUCACCAAAUUGAAACGGUGCCCCAGCAUGACAAAAUCUGCCAAAAGUAUUACUUCACCAUUACAUCGAUAGGAAAUAUAUAUAGAACCCUCAAAACUAUGUUUAGAAGUAGGCACAUGUCAUUGUGUUAUCAUUUUAAAGUGUUGUGGCAGAUCCUUUGACUUAGUAAUGACUUCGCUUCCCCCCCCCCCCGGGCUUGAAAGCCCUACAUGUGCAUAUGAUGUUGGGACUUCAAACAUUUAACCUUCCAAAAGCAAAGCAGGGGGAUGAGUGAAUUGUAAUCGUUCUCACUUUUUUGUUUCCUUCCUCAUUUUAUAAAGCUUGAUCAUUUGAUUUAUAUUUUGCCAAAAAGUUGUUUAAUCUUUUGUAUUUUUGUGUAUAUUUUGUACAAUAUGCCAGGAGAUGAACCUUUUUAUUUAAGUCUUCCUGUUCCCAUUUGAUCGGGGAUUUUUUUUGGUUUGUUUGAAAAGUUUGUGUAGGCUAGUACUCGACAGCACACAAACUCCAACAGCUUGGGUAUGCUUUGGAAGUUUUAACAGUACACAUGCAAUUGCGUAUUUUUUGUACAUGUACAUGCAGUAAUACCAUUUAUAUUGGUAUUCCAACUUUAAAAGCCAGUGUUUUCCCUUGCAUGUCUGUAUCCUCAUGCUUUAGAGGCCAAAUGUAUUCUGUUUCAGUUUUAGAGUCACUCACUGCUUUUUUUGGGGGGGGGUCUUGAACCUUUUUAUAAGACAAGGUGUAAUAUUUGUAAACUUAGCUUUGUCCAAGAAAGGGAAACCUUGAUAAUGACACAUGAUGUGAGAACUACACUGUACCAACGAGAAAAGUGUUGUUCCACUGGACAGAAAUACUUCGUUUUCUGCACUGCCAUUCUUACAUUCAGAGUUCGUUUAAUCUUUCAGUGCAAAUAAAUGUUUCCAUACUGAUGCAUGUACGUUGUUGGGAAUGCAGUGUUCGCCCAGCUAAAACGGAGCCAGUAUUCCACUUGAAGCAAUGGUGCUCUUAUUUCAUGCUUCAAAACACGAUGUUAGUCGAUCCCUCGAGAGAGUUUGGGGGCAAACACUGCAGGAGUCAACAGGUAUGAUCAGUGUUUUCACAAGACAUACCUUGAUGAACAAAGCUUAGGGAUUCUAAGGGCUUUAUAAAUAUCAACAAACUACUCCAGAACUCUUGACCGGAUGGUCACUCAACACUGCACUCAAUCUUGACUCUUGGAGUGUUUUUGCCACGCCUUUUGUACUCCGUCAAGGUACAUGUACCUACGGUACCUCCCUAUAAACACUUUCUGCUGACGUUGCAAAGCUCUGAUGAUCCCCACAGGUCAUAACAUACUGUGUAUUUACCUGUCUGCUCGAAAAUGGGUACAAAAUGUUUUUUCGUUGUGAGCUACGCUUACGAGUGUACCUCUUAACAAUUUGAAUCCAUGCAAAUUCACUCAGGUUGUACAGUAUGUCAGCGUGUGGAGCCCGGCCAUUGCCGCUUAACAAUAAAAAACAAUGGCACUAGGACGUUUGUCGUUAAAAAACAAAGCAGGUGAACUUGAUAGCUCUGUCUUGGAGAUGGUAUAGACAUUGGAAAUGUCCAUUGCUAACGGUGAAUUUCUGCCUUUGACAAGCGACUGUAGUUCCCGUAAUUUUUACCACACACGUUACUUGCACCAACGUCUACCUCUGGAGAUAAACCCAAAGAGAUGGAGAACAAUUUCAGAUUUAGAAGAUAGAGAUCCCGAUAAAGUGUAUGAUAUAAAUUGGACGCAUCCCUGAUUAAAACCAACUGCACCAAAUGGCACAAUUUUGUGGGCACUAAACUCAUAAGUUGUAUGCAUUUUGCAGUACUCUGGACUGUUUUCUUCAUUUUUUUUACACUUUGUGCUGUAGGUUUUGCAAUCGUUGGGUAAUUGUUGUCUUUAAACAAGGAGCACACACCAGUCCCAAGUCUGCUGGGAAAAGUCCACCAGUGGAACGGCUUAUCCCGAACGUUGUGAUGAAAUCCUGCCUAGAUUUCAUACGUAGCGUUGAAGUUUAGGCCAAACAUGCUUUUCAAUUUUGGGGUUUUGUUUUUGAAAGUUCCAAAAUUACGAUUAGAUACAUGUACAAGCAGAUUAUUAUUUUUUUAAAGUUUUAUUUCAGUUUUCCCCAGAAAUGUAUUCAGGUUUGGUGCAAUCUGUGAGAGUUCCCGUAUUCACGAAUCACAUGUAAAUAAUGGAGAUUGGUAUUUAAACUGUCGAACUGUAAUAACGAGAAAGUCUACAAAUAGCCAGGAUUAUUACUAUUGGAGUAGCUUUUUGUACAUGUGGAGUGUAGCAAGUGAUCAUACUUACGAUUUAAAAACGACUUCUUGUAUGAUAUUAUGCAAACUUUUGUACAUUUUGAUGAUUGAAUUUGAUUUAAAAGCCUUUGUGUUUUAUAUUAAAUUCACAAUAAUUUAUGCAUUAUUCAAAUUUGUCUUCAUGACAAGUGCAAAAUACCGCAGGAGAAUGUAUAAGCCCAUAGCAACAACAUCGAACUCGACAUUUCUGUUGUAAAAUAAAAUAAUCUCGUAAGUUAUGCCUUUUCGAUCCUAAGACACUGAAAACGCAGACAAUAAGUACAACGUGCCCUUUUUGUGUCAUUAAAAUCACGUUUUACUUUGUUAUGCAAAUAUGGACUGUUUAUUUUGUGUCAUGUUUAUUCAACUUGAAAGCAUUCAGUUCUGAUUUGAAUUUACCCGUUAGAUAGAUAAGGUUAUGCGAAAUUCUUCGUCCUUAAUAUCCCACUGAAUAGUUAAUGUAUAAUUUAAUAAAGGAGUGUACAAUUUUGUACAUUAGUUCAUGUAAAGUGUAUACAAAAAUACGCGUAUAAAUAAAACUGUAUCAUGCUUUUUAAAUUACUGAA